AAAUUUUGUUUCAUUCUUUUUAAAUAAACCAACCCUCCCAACUCCUUACCCUUAUAUAUAUAUAUAUAUUUUUCAUACGUCUUUUCAAUAUCUUUAUAUAUUGACGAUGCCAGUUACACCCGAAAUCACCUCUAAGCUCCAAUGGGUCUCACAGAUGAACGUAGACAUUGAGCCUACUGCUGGUCGCAAGUCUAGUAUCAUUGGUACCAUUGGUCCCAACACAAACAGCGUUGAGAUGAUCACCCAACUCCGUAACGCUGGUCUUAAUGUUGUUCGUAUGAACUUUUCUCACGGAUCCUAUGAGUACCAUCAAUCAGUGAUCGAUAACACUCGCAAGAGUGCCGAACUCUACCCUGGUCGCCCCGUCGCUAUUGCUCUUGACAACAAGGGUCCCGAGAUCCGUACUGGUAUCAUGCGCGAUGGUAUCGAAAUCCCCAUCUCUGCUGGCCACGAAAUGACCUUUAGCGUCGACAGCCAGUACGCCACCAUCUGUGACGACAAGGUCAUGUACAUCGACUACACCAACCUGCCCAAGGUCAUUGCAGUCGGCAAGACCAUCUUUGUCGAUGACGGUGUCCUGUCCUUCGAGGUCCUCGAGACUUCCGAAGACUCUCUCCGUGUGCGCGCAAACAACAAUGGCAAGCUGUGCUCCCACAAGGGUGUCAACUUACCCGGAACCGAUGUCGAUCUGCCCGCUCUCUCCGAAAAGGACAAGGCCGAUCUGUUGUUCGGUGUCAAGAACAAGGUCGACAUGGUCUUUGCUUCCUUUGUCCGUCGUGGCCAGGACGUCAAGGAUAUCCGUGCCGUGCUUGGUGAAGAAGGCAAGCGCAUCAUGAUCAUCUCCAAGAUCGAGAACCACCAGGGUGUCCAGAACUUUGACGACAUUCUCAGAGAAACCGAUGGUGUCAUGAUUGCCCGUGGUGACAUGGGUAUCGAAAUCCCUCUUGAGCGAGUCUUUAUUGCCCAGAAGAUGAUGAUCACAAAGUGUAACUUGGCAGGAAAGCCCGUUAUCUGUGCUACCCAGAUGUUGGAGUCAAUGACAUACAACCCUCGUCCUACCCGUGCUGAAGUAUCAGAUGUAGCCAAUGCUGUAUUGGAUGGUGCUGAUUGUGUCAUGCUUUCGGGUGAAACUGCCAAGGGUGCUUAUCCCAUCGAGGCCGUCAAGACCAUGCACGACAUCAGUGUGUUGGCCGAAUCAGUCCAGUGCUACCCUGCUGUCUUCAACGAGCUCCGUGCCUUGACUGCCUUGCCCACCGUCACAUCCGAGACUGUUGCCUGUGCUGCCGUCAGUGCCUCCCACGAACAAAAGGCCGGCGCUAUCAUUGUGCUCUCGACUUCCGGAAACACAGCCCGUCUUGUAUCAAAGUACAGACCCCAGGCUCCUAUCAUCGUCGUCACCCGUAACCCCCAGACUGCUCGCCAGGUCCACCUCUACCGUGGCUGUUUCCCAUUCUACUACCCCAAGGAAUCCUCAGCCGCUGCCCAGCGUCUGUCCUUAUCCUCAACCAGCACAAGCAGCGCUCACAUGAGCCCAGCCGAGUACGCACCAUGGCAGGAGGAUGUCGAUGCCCGUCUGAUGUGGGGUAUGGAGCAGGCUAUCAAGUAUGGUCUCCUCAAGCACGGCGAUCCCGUUGUUGCUAUCCAGGGAUGGAAGGGUGGUCUUGGAAACACCAACACUCUCCGCGUUCUUUUCACCCCAUAAAUGAAACACUUAUGCAUACACACACACACACACACACAUAUAUAUAUAUAAAUAGAAAAAAAAAUUAGCAGAAAAAAAUUGAAACAAUUGAAACGGUUGAAACGAUUUUUUAUUUUAUUUGACUUUGAGCAUCAUUCUCCUUCACACUUUUAUAUAUAUAUAUAUAUAUAUACAAACAUACAUACAUAUACACCUAAAUAAAUAAACAUAAUAUAUAUGUAAAUCUUUAUGUAUUCAAUAAACAUUCUGUCUAAGUUUGUACAGCAUAC